AUAUUCUUCCGGGUUAUUUUGUCGUGCCAUGUGUUGUGGGAUCUGAGUUCUGAUUUUAGCAAAAUGAGUUCUCAAAAAGGCAACGCAUCUCGCUCGCGAGGACAGAAGCACCAAAACACGACUGCUUACAAGAAUGACAAAUAUGGAGCAAGUGUUCAAGUAAAGAUAGCAAACUCAAAGGUCCACGACGGGUUGUGCCAACGCUGCAAGGAAGUUAUUGAGUGGAAAGUCAAGUACAGCAAAUACAAAUCCCUCACCCAACCCCGAACAUGUGUGAAAUGUUCUCAGAAGACCGUGAAGGAUGCUUAUCACGUCAUUUGUAAACCCUGUGCCCUGAAGCUGGAGCUUUGUGCCAAGUGUGGGAAGAAAGAGACCAUCGUAAUUCCGGUUGACAAACCGAAGCAGGAAGAGGAGGAAGACACCAAUCAAAAGAAGACAGGAUGCACUCUGAGGAAGAAAGACUUAGAUGAGUUUGACAAUGAGGAAUUUGGCAACUUGAGUAGUGACUAUGAGGACUUUGCCAGUGACUCAGGUCUUGAGAAUGCAGGAGGCAAGGCCCCUAUCGCUGAUGUGGCACAUGUUAGUUUCAAAGACUAAAGACAGCCAAACCAAGACCACCAUAACUGUACCUCUACUGUAUUCAUAUACAUUUCCUCUGAUUUAUACAUACUUUUGCAUAGAAGCCUCUUCACUGUAGAUUUCAUUUCUCGUACAAUAGCCUACUUGUAUUUGGGGUUGGAACAUUAAAUGAACAAAGCCCACUUUCAA